AUGUCCGACCUCAAAGCCCCUCCCCAGCUCCCACCGCGCCCCACCACUCCCAGCGCACCGGGAACACCGCCGACGCCUGGCACACCCACCAGCGCUGCCAGACACCGUUUGCCCCCCGCGCCCGACAUGUCCACGCCUCCGCCUACCCUCCCCACAUGUCCGCGUAUCAUCGCCCCUCCCGCCGCCGUUGACGCUCCAGACCCGCUCGCGCGUGUGGACCCCGGGGUGCGCGCACCGCCUGAGGCCGACUCGUUCAUUCGCGACCCACACAAGCUCAUCGCCUACAUCGUGCCCUUCCCCACUCCAGCCUUGACCGCCGACGUCCCACCCGCCCCUAUCCGUUUCUUGAUCUACACACCGCCUCCCCCGCCUCUUAUGCGUCCCUCCGAGGGCGAGAAGGAGGGUACCACGGGAAAGAUUCAGCGCAAGUGGCAAGAGGAGGUGCGCGCGGCACACACGUCCAACCACAAGGUCCUGUCGUGGCACGGCAUCAAGGCUAAAGUGACCCGCGGUGUCGACUGGGGUGUCUCGCACGUCACGUCUGCCGACCUCGACUUCCUCACACGUGUGCCUACAGACGGCGACAAGCAUAUUGGCGGCCGCAAGGACUCUGGUGCUUCCGUGCCCAGCCUGGCAGCGUCGACGCCGCCUGCGACCACUCCUGCGCCGCAGCCCGUUAUCGCGCCAACGCCCACGCUGCCUGCGGAAACUGCUUAUACAUCCAAGGCUGCGGAAGCGGCCGCCGAGGCGUCGUCUGCCCGCGCUGGUGAGGAGCUCCCAGCCUACACCGAGGUGCCCCAGGCGCCUGCUCCUGUCGUCUUCCCUCCCCACCACGAAGCACCGAGCCUCCCAGCCCGCCGCUCCUCUGACGCCAAGGCUGCUGCUCCCGACGCUGUCAUCCCUUCCUCGGAGACCCCUCUCGCCGCCGAGACUGCUGCCCUCAGGCUCGACGAUGACCACCCUCAGGUCGACGCCGCUCCCGAGCGCGCAACAGUCAAGCUCGAGGAGAUGGUUCUCAUCUACCCUCCCGACAUGGGCCUGACCGAGGACCAGAUCCGCACGGAAUUCGUCAACUCGAUCCUGCGCACCAAGUCCAAGGCCCAGCGCGACGCCGUGAUUGCCACGGGUCUGCUGCCCGUCACCGCCGCGCUCGACUGGGCACUCAUGUUUGUCGGAUGGGUGUUUGGCGGUGCCCUCGAGGUCGACGCCGUGUGGGCCGCAGCCUCGUACAAGGGCGCCAAGACUGCGCGGUCCGUCACCAAGCGUCUCGCGUCGUCGGGCGAGGACUCGCUCAAGCUCGUCGUCCAGCCCUCGGAGCGUGCUGCCGUCCUCACCGAGUUCCUGCACGACAAGUGCGUGGCCGAAGACCACGACCGCUUCCGUUCCCACCCCCGCGUCCCCUCGGCGCACACUGUGCUCGAGGCGAUCGGGUGGGAGUCGUCGGGCAAGUGGGAGAACCAGAACUGGGAAGACGAAAAGUGGGAGCGUAGCCAGGUCGAAAAGGACCUGAGCACCACAAUGGUCAAGGCGGCCGGCGGCUGGGCCAAGUGGUGCGACAAGUAUGAGAAGAAUCCCAAGAAGGCCAUCAAGAAGUGA